CGUUUCCUUACGGACGAGGAUGCUGGUUGCACGUUGUGUCUCGCCGCAGGCAUCCCAAAGGCUACACCGAUAUCACUCUGCACCUAUGCAGACUCAAUGCCAGCAGUAGUAGCUUUUCCAUUUUCCCCGAAGCACAGCCUAUGUAGACUUUUUUGUCCUCUUUUUCUGUGUUGCAUCUGCUUGGGAGGUGGUCAGGAGCCAAGAAAGGAGGACGCGAAAAUGGGUGAACUGUGAAACAUUUGGGCUUUGACUGCUACGUAAUGGAGGAGAAAGAAACGCUUGUCAUGUCAAAAAGCCGCAAGCAGUCUUUAGUGGCCUUUGGGCAGGCAGUGAUUGGGCCUCCUGGCUCAGGGAAAACAACGUACUGUCUUGGCAUGCAGGAAUUCCUUUCUGCGAUUGGGCGCAAGGUAGCUGUGGUGAAUCUGGAUCCAGCCAAUGAAGGGAUUCCCUACAAGUGUGCUGUGGAUAUAUCUGAGCUGAUCACCUUGACCGAUGUAAUGGAGAACUUGAAACUGGGCCCCAAUGGUGGCUUAAUCUAUUGCAUGGAGUAUCUUGAAGCUAAUUUUGACUGGCUGCAAGAAAAACUGUCUCAGUUUAGGGGGCAUUACUUCCUGUUUGACUGCCCAGGGCAGGUGGAACUUUGCACCCACCACAGCUCACUGAGAAACAUCUUUGCCCAGCUUGACAAGUGGAACUUCAGGCUGGCUGCCGUUCACUUGGUGGAUUCUCAUUACUGCACAGACCCUGCCAAGUUCAUCUCUGUUCUCUGCACUUCCCUCUCCACCAUGCUACACGUGGCACUGCCCCAUGUGAAUGUCCUCUCCAAAAUGGACCUGAUUGAACAGUAUGGAAAACUGGCCUUCAAUCUAGAUUAUUACACAGAGGUUCUGGAUCUUUCCUAUCUGUUGGACCACCUGGCUUCGGAUCCAUUCUUCAAGAACUACCAUCGACUGAACCAAAAGCUUGUGGAAGUGGUUGAAGAUUACAGCUUGGUCUCCUUUGUUCCCCUUAAUGUGCAGGACAAGGAGAGCAUGCAGCGUGUGAUGCAGGUGGUAGACAAAGCCAAUGGUUACUCUUUCGGCAACUCGGAGCAAAGAAGCCUCCAAGCUCUGAUGUCUGCAGCAGUGGGAGCCGAGUUCCACUUUACUUCCACUCUGGCAGUCCAGGAGAAGUAUAUUGAACCACAGGAGAGCACUGUAAAGCAGGAAGACAUGGAUACUUAGCAACAUACUUACAGCUGGUAGUAGGCCACCAAGGAAGGAUAACUCAGCCAGGUGAUAUCGUACUUUGCAAGAGCGGGAGUAAUUGCAGCCUUGUCCUCAGUGGGCAGAAGUCUACCUGUCACCAACACGUCGGCCUUUUAGGCUCCUUCCUGACAAGAGCCACAACUUUUAGAUGUUUCAAGUGCAAUCAGGAGUCUUUGCAAACAAGAGCAUCCUCUCAGGACGAUGCUAGUAGCUGACCAAAGAACGGGAGACAGUAUGGUGAGUGUUUGUGAGGCCCAGAGGUCAGCCAGAGUGGGAUGUAGCCCUGAUCAGAUCUCCCAGUAAGACGAAAGGAACUGGGAUUUUUUAUCAGAGGCAACCCAAGUGAUAUCUCUGCGGUUGAGUAGUGUGGAGAUCUGAAAGAGUCAGCCACUCCUCUCUCGCUGCCAAAAAUGCCCCAUCUUCUUUAGGCCUUGUGAAGCACUUGACAGCACAGAGGAGAGCAAAUUCCACCCCCAACUCUACACAGCAUUGUCUGUGCCUUUUUAUUUGUAUGAAAAAGCUGUGUUGACUACUAAAUAAAGGAAUUUCCAUGCUCUCUGCUCCUAA